AACCCUCCGGGCACUAAGGAGUCCGAGAAAGAUGUCUGUAUCCGGUUUGACAUUUAAUUCCCAAAAGAUAUCCUGCUACGCGGCACGAGCAAGGGGCUCUAAUUUCUCCGCCCGGUCUCCGUCCUUGAUUUCUAAUGGGUUCAUUAAGCCCAAGUCGAUCUUUUUAUCUCAUGCAGAUAGGAAAUAUUUGGCCGUGACGGUUCGCAGAGGUUCGGCUGGAAGGCCCGUCAGGAUAAAGAGCGGUGUGUAUGCUGCAUUUGGUGAUAUGGCUGCCGAUGAUUCGACCGGUGUCUUUCCAAGGAUUGACGUAAAGGACCCUUAUAAACGACUUGGAAUCAGUAGAGAGGCAUCUGAAGAAGAAAUUCAAGCUGCAAGGAACUUUCUGAUUAACAAAUACGGGGGUCACAAGCCAAGUGUUGAUGCAAUAGAAUCAGCUCACGACAAAAUAAUAAUGCAGAGUUUCUAUAAUAGGAAAAACCCAAAGAUUGAUGUCAAGAAGAAAGUAAGAGAAGUUAGUCAGUCACGCAUUGUCAGGGCUGUGACUAGCAGGUUUGAAACUCCAGCGACAAAUGUCAUUGUAAAGACCGCCAUAGCGUUCAUAGUUCUUGGAGUACUCACUGUUCUAUUUCCAACGGAAGAAGGGCCCACCCUCCAAGUUGCUAUAUCUCUUAUAGCUUCAGUAUAUUUCAUACAUUCAAGACUCAGGAACAAAAUCCGAGCAUCCUUAUAUGGAAUUGCGGCUUUCUUUGGUUCGUGGCUAUUGGGUACCUUAUUGAUGGUAUCUGUGGUUCCGCCAAUACUAAAAGGUCCGAGAAGCUUGGAGGUGACAACUUCCCUUCUAAGCUAUGUACUUCUAUGGGUAGCUUCUACUUAUUUGAAGUGAGAUUUAGUAAUUUUUGAAUGAGGAUUCGGAAGAGGGUGUAAGCUUAGUUACGAUCGUAUGGUUAGUGUUGAAGCUUCUCCGUGUCAUGUUUUGUAGCCCCUUUAUCAAGUUCUGUUUGAGAAGUGAUGAGGCAGGUUUGCUUUCACUCUGAAAAGGGAGUGUAAUCUACAAUUGAUGUUUAUCAAGAUUUUUUGUAGAUCAAAGUAUAAACAUUUUUUAUAUUUAUU